AUUGUUCGUCUGUGUUGUGUUGACUCUUGUGGACGUGCUUGUGUUUCCGAGGGCGUAACGUCGCUGGCUAUCAAAAUAUUUUGGCGAUAAAAUUGGGCGAUUCAAGAAUCUUAAUUAAAAGAAGAAAUUUUUAGAAUAAAAACAUGGCUUUAGGGGGCGGUAUGUCGUGUGUGAAGUACCUCCUUUUUUGCUUCAAUCUUUUGUUCGCGGUGACAGGCCUGAUCAUUCUAAUUGUGGGAGCAAAGGCACAGAUUAGUCUUUCACCAUAUGUGGAGCUGACAGGUGAAAACUUCUACAUCUCUGGACCGAUUGUGCUCAUAAUUGUGGGCAUCAUUGUGUUUAUCGUCGCCUUCUUCGGAUGCUGUGGAGCCUUCAAAGAGAACCAUUGCAUGAUUGUUACGUUUGCGGUGUUCCUGCUAAUCAUCUUCGUGGCUGAGCUGGCAGUCGGCAUCGCGGGUUACAUGAAACACACGGACCUGGAGAAUUCGAUCAUGCGCAAUUUGAACGCCACCAUCAAGGAGUACCCGACCAACGACGACGUCAAGAAGACCUUCGACAUCAUCCAAACUGAUUUGCAAUGCUGCGGUAUCUACGGUCCUGGUGACUGGAAGAACAACAGCUUGCCCAUUCCCGAGUCGUGCUGCGCCGCGCAAGAGAUUAAAGGAGGGGCUGUGGUAGCCUGCGACGACCAGAACAUCCACAAAAAGGGCUGCCUCGGGGAAGUGGUCGACUACCUGAGAAGCAUCGCCACUGUUCUGGGAGGAGUCGGGCUGGGCAUUGCUCUCAUACAGUUGCUGGGAGUGAUAUUCUCGUGCUGUCUCGCUCGCUCUAUCCGCAACCAGUACGAGACAGUCUAAUCGAACGCAGCUGAUUCACUACAACCACUAUUAUCGGUGUCUAUUAUAUUAGAAACAGUAAAUAACGUCUAUUAAAAACUUCUAUAUGUAUGUAUAUGUUGUGAUUUAAUUAAGUUUACAGUGUCAUUGUGUACCUACGCAGAUUAAUUUAUUUUUAUUAUUAUAUCCAACAUUUUUUAAAUGUAUUUUUUAUAGUUCUCUAUUUAUACACAGCAGAAUGGAUUUAUUGCAAUUGUUUUUGAUAAUUAUGUUUCAUACACUGUUUUGUAGCAUCGACGUUUUAAGAUAUUAUUAUACAUAGAGUGUACCCUAUCCUUUAGUAAACAUUGCUGAUAUACACCCCGGCCAACUUCUUGAGAAUCGACCAUAGACAAUGUAGCCUGCGCGCAGUAGCAAUUUUACAUACAAAAUCGUUUACUGCGCAAGUUUAUUUGUCCAUGGUUUUGAUCAAGAAGUUUGCCGAUACUUAUAUAGGUACGUGUGCAGCACUGUGUUUAGAAUCUUCACUUUGUGGCUCAGGGUAGAAGACUGAUUUUUCCUUAGAAGUUUUUCAAUGAAACGCCAAAUCAAUUCAUCUCCAAUUAUCUUGGAAUUAAUUAAAGUAUUGUCAUUAUUCAUCUCAAUUUUCUACUUGAAUCUUAUUACAAAUGUUUAUCUAUAUAAGUUAAAUGUAAGUCCGAGUAGAUGUAGCUGUGCACAUUGGACAAAAUUCAAAAUUCGCUUUAUUGGGCAGCCUGACAGACAUUUGAUAAAAUUUACGCGUUUUAUUACACCAUGAUAUAUGACAGCUGUAUCAUGAUCUCGAUGCAUAACAUAAAGCGAACAUUGAAUGAGUGUGUUUUAAAUACCCAAAUGUUUCUAGAUAUUUGUACGGUAAAGUCGUAUACUCGCUAGACGACAAAUAUAACACGAAGUUAGCUUACUACCUUUUCUGGUGAUCGAUAUCACUAGGUAUUGCAUGUUACCUCAUACUAGGUAUCUCUGGAAACUAGUCACUGGAUAUUGUCUUCUGGUUAGUGCACGGGUUUGGUAUUAAGUAUAUUUAUAUUAAAGAGAUAAGUGAUUGUAACUUUUAGUUCGAAAUAAAAUAUUGCCUCGAAC